UUUGCCUUGCCACUGUAACUCACUUUUUCCUGAAAUAUGAGGAAGAUCUCCGUCGUAUUUUUUUGUUGUUUUAUUUUUCUGUUUUUUAUCUUUGAAAGAUUCAUGAUUGUUGCGAAAUCGAUGGCAACAAUUGAAGCGGCGUCAAAAUUUGUAUGUCCAAAAAUCAUAAGUCGUGAAGAAUGGAAGGCUCGCGAAGUAUCCAAUUACAGCCCACUAAUAUUGUCACCUGCGCCAUAUCUUGUCAUUCAUCAUGGUGGUAUACAGCAUUAUUGUUAUGAUCAGAAUACAUGUUCUGAGAUAGUUCGUUCUUAUCAAAACUUACAUAUGGAUGAUCGGGGAUGGCUUGACAUCGGAUAUCAAUUCGUUAUCGGCGAAGACGGCAAUAUCUACGAAGGUCGCGGUUGGAAUUUUAUCGGGGCCCACGCACCUGGAUACAAUACACAGAGCAUUGGAAUCUCAAUCAUCGGAGAUUUUUCUCAAUUUCUACCAAACAAAGCUGCUUUGGAUGCUUUGGACUCACUUAUCGAAUGUGGAGUAUUAAUCGGAAAAAUUCGACAAAAUUAUAAAAUAAUUGGACAUCGCCAAGCGCGCGACACGGAUUGUCCGGGAAUUUCUUUUUACCAGUACGUGAAAUCAUUACCUGGUUGGACUGAUAUGCCGAACCCAUUUUAUGAAGAUCUUGGCACCGAACCAGUUUCCCGAUCAGGUGUCCCGACCUGGCCCCGAUCUGGGCGUGUGCUUCAUCCGCGAUCUAGCAUUGACCAGGAUUCCCGAGCGGGACCUGACCCGGACUGGAUUUUCUGCCAGCUAGUGACCCAAAGAAAAUUUCUGAAGAUGUAUCAAAUAAGUGGAAUUGUUCUGUGCCUUAUCUACAUUUUGGAAGCUAAAAGUAUUAUUAUACCAAAAAAUACUGUUCAAUCGGAUCCAUCUACUUACGAAAAAUCUUCUUCCAACUCGAAUAUCAUUACUAGAAGUGAAUGGGGAGCGAAGCCCCCAAAAGGCCCAGUCGAUAAGCUUUCUAAAAAUCCACCUCCAUUUGUUGUUGUCCAUCACUCAGCUACCGAAGGUUGUACGUCGCAAGCAAUUUGUCAAGCAAGAGUCAGAUCUUUCCAGGAUUAUCACAUUAAUCACAAUAAUUGGAGUGACAUAGGGUACAAUUUUUUGGUUGGAGAAGACGGAAAUAUUUACGAAGGUCGUGGAUGGUCAAAAAGAGGAGCCCAUUCACCAGCUUAUAAUGCUGAAAGUAUUGGUAUAUGUGUCAUUGGAGAUUUCACGAAUCGAGAGCCCAAUUCUGCUGCGAUUGGUGCUCUUAAAGAACUGCUUCAAUACGGAGUCACAUUGGGAGAAAUAAAAAGCGAUUAUUAUUUAAUUGGUCACCGACAAGCUUCUUCUACUAAUUGCCCAGGAAACAAAUUAUACAAUUUAAUUAAAACUUGGCCUCAUUGGGAAUCAAAUCCGAAACAUUGAUUUUGAAAAAAAACUUUUUUUUUAAACUAGUAUAUAAAAUAUACUGUACAAUUGUUAAAAUAUCCUGCACAAUUUUUAAAAAUAUUUUAAUACUUUGUCUUAAGUUUUAUCAUAUUGCAUUAUUAUCUUAAGCUUGGGUAGUCCCGCAAUUUACGGAUAGUCUUUAAUCCAUUCCCUUUUCAAGUUCCAACGAUUUUUCGGGACGACUAUAGAAGCAACCUAUUAUUAUUAAAUAUUACAUUAAACUUUUUUAGUUUACAAUUUUUAAA